AUUUCCAUUCAUUCCAGAAGUAAUUCGAAGGCUUCUUAUCUGCCUCGUCAACAUCGUGAGAAGCUUCUUGACCCCGAUCAUGGAAGUUACAAGUUGACACUGCAUGAACUCAACGACAACAUCAAAGAGAAUUAUCAGGAAGAGAUCUCGAAAUGUAAUCUUCCUGAUGUUCUUCCAGUGACGGUUAAAUAUCACAAUUCCUACCGUCAUACUCAUCAUCAUCAUCGACAACCACCGCAACAUCAUUUGUCUCAACAUUUCACACCUCAACCUCAUUAUCAUCCAACUGAGACACAAAUGACGCCACAAACUGCUCCCGUUUUAAAUGGAAAUGCAUUGAAAUCUAUUUUUCAGUUUGCUAUGGGAAACUCGGGAAGUUCAACGCCAUCAAACACAUCAUCAUCAGCUUCAUCGUCGCCUUUACUGCCAACAUCGCCUUUCAACGGAUCAAAGUCACCAUUGAGUACACCGCCAGGAUCACUUCAAAGCCCCAAGUUCACAUCAAACUCAUCUCUUGAUCAGAAAACGUCGCAAAUCAUCGAUCCAAAACUCUACACGAAUGAUGAACUGAUUAAAACUUAUCAUCAACAGAAGGAAGCAUGUCGUGAGCUUAACAAGACAAUUCUUAGUAAUUCACUGCAGACGACAUCAGUGAAUGAAUGUGAUAACAAGAUAGCAGUGGUUAGGAAGCUUAACAUGGUUGAAUCUCCCGAAACAUCGCCGAAAAAUUCGAUUGAAAGUUUGAUGAUCGACAGUAAUAAGAAAACAAACUCAACUGAAUCAUUGAAAUCAGUUGAGGAGAAGGCGAUGAACGAGAAGUCGGAGAAAGAAAUAAAAACAGAAAAUGCAAAGAAAGACGAGGAAGUUAAUGAAGUUGUUGCAACAUCGCCAAUAUUAAGUGAAGUCGACGAUGUUGCAGUCAAAGCAAAGCCUCUUCAAAAGACGGAAAUUGUGUUACGAGUUCAUCCCAUUAUGCAAGAAACUGCUUGUCAAACGGAUGAGACAUCAGAUAUUCAUGAAAUUAGCUUCAAAUCGUCUUUAGGUUCGUUGCAAAGUGGCGAACUCGAAAAGCCAAUGAAGCUUAGUUUAUGGAAGACGCCAACAAAACGUCAAAAGCAUCCAGAAGAAUUGGACUUUGACAAUUUAUCAAAAGAUCUCGCCAGUCAAUUAUCACCGUCUGACAAGCUUCACAGCAUUUUGGUUCCGAAGACAAUCAAAUCAUCAUCCGACUACAUUUCUGAUCUAUUCAAAAUCAAUAUUACAUCGCGUCCCACGAAGAAAGAUGUGUCAACGUCAACAUUCAACGAGAAAUGUGCUUUCAAAAGCUCGAUGGAAGUACUGACAUCAAAUUCAACCUACUUUUCAAUAUCCGAGCCUAAAGCAAAAUUAAUGACACGAUACAGUCGUGAGAUGACAUUAAUUAAUAGCGAUUCUAGUGAUUUGACCAAAAAGAAGGAGGAGCUCGUUGAAAGGUUGGGAAAGAAGUUGAAAGUCCUCGAAACUGAACAGUCAAUGUUGGCUGAAGAAAGUACAGCGAACGAUGCACUUGGCCAUGAUGUGGCCUUCAAAGUCGCUCAAAAAGUUCGACCCGGUGAUUCCACAAGAUUCCGAUCUUAUGUUGAUGACGUUGGUUACAUUACAAUGCUUUUGUUGUCAUUGUCAGGUCGCUUAGCUCGCACUGAAAAUGCUUUGCAUACAAUCGGCGACAAAACCAACGCUGAUAAGAAAAUACUUGAAACAAAACGUGAUAGACUGCUAGAGCAGUUGGAUGAAGCGAAACAUCUUAAAGAAGACAUCGACCGACGUGGUGCUAAUCUUUCAAAGAUUUUGGAAAAAUUCCUCUCAGUCGAUGAAUUCUCCGACUACAACUAUUUCAUUAACAUGAAAGCGAAACUCAUUGUCGACUCGCGUGAGAUCGCCGAUAAAAUCAAACUGGGUGAAGAACAAUUGAAUGCUUUGAAGGAUACACUCGUUCAUAGUGAAUGUUGAACUUAAUUAUGAAUUUGCAUAAGCUUAAGUCUCUACAUUAGUCGUUUUAUUGUAUACGCAAACUGAAAAUUGUUUUUGGAAUUUUAUUUUAUAUUUUUUUUUAAUUUUUCUUCUCUUAUGGCUUGUGAAAAUGGUUAUUGUUUGACAACGAAACUAUUGUCGUCAACAGCAAAGUCAUAAAAAUAAUAAAGUCACGUGUAGAACUUUUUUAGAAGUGAAUUGUUUGCGAUGAAAUAAGAAGAAAAAUGAAAAGUUUUUUCCAUUAUUUCAACGGUACAUGUUGAGAUAAUCAAGGAUGAAAUGAAAUGAAUGUUUUGUUGAAUUAGAUGAAGAAUUACAAUUGCAAGUUUUUAAGAUUGUUUAACUAUUUACCAUUUUAAGUAGAGUUUGUAGGGAAAUAAUUUCAGGGUGUGGAAAAAGCUUGAAAGUGUCCUGACUAAAACUGGACGAAAAAGGGAAAAUUGCUCAGUUUUCGGCCACUUUAGUAAGGACAUGAAUAAGCAAAUAUUUACUGAAAGCCCUGGAAUUUUAAUAAUUGCUGUGCUUUUAUAAGGAAACAAAAUUAAACUAAUUUUACUAAAAGUUUUUGACAACGAAGAAAAGAAGAGAAAAGAAAAUUAUUACUUAAGGUGCUUUUGAAGUAAUAUUAACAUAACAAUUUAUCCAUCCGUCAAUAUCUUCCGCAAAACUUAAUAUUAUUGUUUGUGAUUUUGAAAUCAUAUUUUUAAAUAAAGAGAAGAAAAGAAAAAUUUUGAAAAUUAA